CACGGGGCAAAGUUCCCCCUGAGUUUCUGGUAAUAUUUAACUGGAAAGUUUUGGGAGAGUACGAGGAAGGAGCAGCAUCGUUGACAUGCACGGGUUGUGACACCUACCGCUGACCCACAGAGACACCAGGUUGAGGUCCAUGCAGCAUUGAACAAUGGAUUGACUCGACAGACUGAUUAAACAUGGACUCCUUUUUUCUGUUUCUGCUCCUCCUCUCAUGCAGCAUUCAAGUUGGAGCUAAGAUGAGGCUGUCCCCUGAAACACUGACCGUCCUGCGGGGGGAGGAGGCGCGGUUCACCUGCAGCCCCUCCAAAACAAAGUGGACCGCCAUGGUGUGGUUGCUGAACGGCGAGGUGGUGCUCACCAUCUCCAAGGAGUUUGGCUUGCUGCCGUCCGUUAACCCUAACGUGACGGCAGAGAAAGGCAGCGUCUCAUCAGGAGACAGCUGGGUGUUUGUGCUGAAGAAAACCGAGAGGAACAACGAGGGACAAGUGACCUGUGACCUCCAGGGCAGCGACAGGAGAAGAGCAAGCCUGUUAGUACAAGAAAAGGGCAGAGUGAAAGCGGUCGGGGACACCAAGCUGGUUUUUAGGGGUCAGUCCGUCCUGUUUGAAUGCCAUGCUGCAGGAUGGUACCCUCUACCCACUUUGCAAUGGCAUGUGAAUAACAAAAUAGUGAGCCGGGAUGAUUACAACAUCAGCAGUGAAGAGUCGGGGGAGAGCCUCUUCACUGUGACCAGUAACCUCAGCGUUACAGCAGUGAAGAGCUCUUAUGUGGAUUGUCUGGCCUCUGUAUCUGCACUCCCCACACCACUGAAGAGCAGCGUCCGCCUCACAGUGGUUGCAGAGGUGGUGCAGCAGGAGGACGGCUGCACGGCGCCUCUGGCAGUGACGGCCUCCCUCUCUGCGAUUCUGCUGCUCAUCCUGCUCUGCAUCUGCACUAUCCUCUGCUACCAACACAGGAGACAAGCAAAGCCGAGCCCACAGGAGGCGGCAAUAUGGCUCGACCAAUCAGUGAGUGGGAGAACCUCGGUUGCUGAGGCGAGAGGGGGGAAGGUCAACCUGGGAUACUCGAGUGAGGGCCCCACAGAUCCAGUUUACAACGAGCUAAACCUGGAAACUCGUAGGCAGCAGCAGGACUUUGUCAGCUUUCUCAAGGUCCCUGAUGUGGUGUCCUCCAGCAGCCUGUCUCUGCACAACGAGAGCCAGGCACAGGUGUGUCUCUCAGAGGAAACUGCCACGAACAUCAGGAGAAUAACCACAGUUUAAUAUGUUUAAUAUGAUAUUACUUAAUAUAAAUAUAAUGUGUUCUUUUGUUCAUGAGUUGGUCAUUAACAUGCAUUUGUACGAUAUCAUGUAUUGAUUUUUUUAGUAAAGCUAAAGGCUAAUGUUAUGUGCCUUUAAAUGUGACCAAAAUGUUACGUUUAUAUUUUUUCUUUGUUUGUUUGUCUGUUUUAAAACUUGCUUGUACGGAAGAUGAUUAGCGCCAUGUGAAAUUUCUUCCCCAGAUCUGACCAGAGGUGACAUUUUCUUUGAAUUCUGAUCAAAAAAUACUGACAAUCAAGAUUUUUUUCCUCAAAAUUAGGAUUUCUUUCCUGAGAAAUACAUGUUUUCAAACGUCACUUUUGGUCAAAUACACCAAAAAUGCUCACGUGUUGCCCUAAUCCUCUUCCGUACGCUGGAUGUGCCUCACUAUGCAAAUGUACACCUCUGUUACUAUUCAUCCUAUGUUAUUCUCUGUGUGUAGGCUAUAGUUUAUCAAAAUGUUACAAGAUGCAUAUCAACCAUAACAAAGGGGAUAAUGAGAACUGAGAGGUUUUAAUUCAUACUUCUCCAUUAUUGCAGAUCCCUUGUAACUAAUUGUGAAAUAUUAUCAAUUAUCUUGUAAAUAAAGGCUUGCAAAAAAGUAAAAAUGUUUUACCUUUAGCAUGUAAUAUGUAAACAGUUUUUGGAAUAUAUACAUUGUCCUUUAACUUUCCUUUAGCUCAUAUGUAUAUAGUUUAUGCAGGCUAUUGAAAAGUGGACAGAAAUGAAAUAUAAAGUAGAUUUCAAGAGAAAAUUAUUAAAGUUUAUUUGAAUUUUGGUCGUCGUUUUGCAGCUUUGGGGCAUCAUUUGUAUGGAUAAGGAUAAUAUAAAAACGUGUUUUUAUUAAUUGCUGGAAUCAGAUCGAAUUGCAGUAAGAUAGGAAACAUUUUUCUAGAUGAUCUUAAAUAUUCUGUGAAGGUGAAAUGAUUUGCAGUGUUCCAUUAUCAAACUGUGGCUGCGCACAGGGCAACUUUUGUGUGUACUUGAUUCAUUUUGGAUGCAAAAGUGUCUGGUGAAAGCAGAUAGAUAUUGAUGCUAAUGUUGAUAUAGAUGCUAUCCUCCCCAGAAUGCACUGCCAUUCCCAUUCCCUUUUCUCAUUUCUGUUUCCCUCUGUACUACUGACUGGUAAAGUAUGAUGUUCCUUUCUUC